AUGGCGGACGCCGACGCCAACAGGCCAAUACCUCCUUGUUGCCUUCAAACCUGUAGUUUUGUCGUUGGGCCGGACUUUCAGCACAACUUCUGCAUGGCAAAGCAGACGCAAACGAGACUCCCACCGCACAUUCGGGGACGGAAUGCAAGGCGCUCCGCGACGGCAAAAGCUGGGAACUUGGCAUCGGUGGUUCUAACCGCUGCGUCUGCGGUUCGGCUUGGGUUCGAACGACAAGGUCACAUCCCGCUUCGGUGGGCGAAGUUUGAGGAAUUCGUAACACGGGCUGUUAAGGAAGAAAAUCUGUCUCAUCUGAGCGCGGAGGACUCGGAGGCCAUCAACUUCAGAACAAGACUUGAACGAGCUUUCGUCGAUUCAGGGGCGGCAGAAUUGACCAAAACGCUGAAACGAGAGUUCAAAAUUUACAACUAUGAUGUCGCAUUCUCUUCAAACCUCAAUGCACAGAGGGCGUUAGCAGACCUGCGCAAUCCAACAGAAUGGUACCCAGCUGCUCGCAGCCUACAUCGCACUAUCCAUCUUCACGUCGGACCGACCAAUUCGGGCAAAACCUAUCGUGCAUUAAAACGACUCGAAACGGCCAAGACUGGAUUUUAUGCGGGGCCCCUAAGGCUUCUCGCUCAUGAAAUCUAUACUCGUCUCAAUGCAAAAGGGAUACCAUGUGGCCUCGUAACUGGUGAUGAGGUUAGAAUCUCACAGGAUCAAGUUCCGGGAAUAUUCAGCAAUACCGUCGAAAUGGUUCCUUUAGGGCAAGAUGUUGAAGUCGGGGUUAUUGACGAGAUCCAAAUGAUUGCGGACCCUCAUAGAGGUUGGGCUUGGACACGGGCAUUGCUAGGCGCGCGGGCCCACGAGCUGCAUCUUUGUGGAGAAGAAAGGGUUGUACCACUGAUUCGCGAUUUAGCUGGUUUGAUGGGGGAUAAGCUUGAGAUUCAUCACUACGAGCGGCUCAACCCAUUGAAAGCCAUGAACAGAAGUCUGAAGGGGAACUUAUCAAAUCUUCAAAAAGGGGAUUGUGUCGUUGCGUUUUCCCGUAUCGGCAUUCAUGGGUUGAAACAAGAUAUCGAAAAGGCAACUGGGCGGAGGGCUGCCAUUGUUUACGGCAGCCUACCCGCGGAAAUUCGGUCACAACAAGCAGACUUAUUUAACGAUCCUAAUAACGACUACGACUUUCUUGUUGCCAGUGAUGCUAUUGGCAUGGGCCUCAACUUCAACAGAUUCGAGGAACGUAAAAUGGGUCUGGAGUGGUCCGACUCAGCCAAGAACGCAGAGACAAAUGUUGGGAUUUCGCAAGUGGAUCCCAACUUUUUCCUUAACGAUUGUCAAAGCCAUGCUGAGGCUGCAGAAGCAAUUGACAGCGUAAAAGGGCUUAGCAUGGAUGACAAACUCGUUUUUCUCUCGGCGCCAACUCACAUGAGAGAUCCUCAGAUGAGUACUAUUUUCAAGGAAUUUGUGCGCUGUGUGGCGGAGAAUAGGAGCGGCGACCUUCUCGAAAUUGGCGACUUGCCCAUUGAUAUUCUUGAUAAACCAGUUUCAGGCGACAAAAGCUAUCUCGCCACUCUUGAAACCCUACAUCGAUCCCUAGUCCUCUACCUUUGGUUAAGCUACAGAUGCGGAGGUGUUUUUACCAACCGAGCGCUUGCUACCCAUGUCAAAGCGUUAACUGAAAUAAAAAUGGAUAGAGCUUUGACUGAAUUUUCGGCAAAUCGACAACUACGGAAAGCUACUUCGCUUAGGAGACUAUAUGCUUUGAAACUGCAGACGGAAAUGCGGGAAAAAGCAUUUGCUGAUGAAUCUGAAGGCGUGGAUAUCGAUCUCGAAAACAUUCCAGCAGCAGAAGUGUGGGAUGAUAUGCCCAAACAGAAAGAAUUAUUGGGAGCUUCGUCUGCGACUUCCUAG